AGGAUACAGUAAAUAAUACUGAAAACACAACAACGACAACCCAAUGAAUAGUUAAUAAAUACGGAAUAUGACAAAGGACACAGACAUCAAUAAGGAACACACAUCAGCACCCGUUGCAAAACCCAUUAAUGCUCCAUCCAGUUGGGUUAAAGGAUGGCUGCGGCACGGCUUACCCUGAGGUUAUCGCAGUUAUCUCUUUAUGCCUUGCCCAGCACACGGUCUAGUUCGGUUCCGCUACCCUUCUUAGUGCCGACCUCCAUCCCCAUCCAGGCACAGCUUGCCAAGGUCUCCUAUGUGCACCGAGAUCCCAAUUACAGGUACUUUCCACCACGCUUUGGCUUCAAGAGGAAACAUUAUAAUGAGAAAUUCAAGAAAGACAGGAAAAACAAGUUAUGUUUAUUUUCAGUUCAUCAAGGUCAACCUUCCUGAUCCCAAUGAGAAGACUGAUGUUGACUCCAUGACACCUGAGGAAAUAAGGGCUAAGAUGAAAGAGAAGGGCAUCAAGCCGGUACGCCCGUGGCAGGAGCGUCCUGUUUGUAUCAGCAGCACCACGGCCACCUUCGAGCCGUACGUGCCUCCCGAGGGUGACGGCAAAGUCUCCACACUCUCCACUGCAGGAGCCAAGCAGAAAAUAGAACGUUUGGAGAAGAAAGGCAAGUCCAUGAUGGCAGUCCGGAAAAUCAGGCAGUUUGAUGAUGAAUUUGACCCAAAGUUGUUUGCUCCAGAUGCUCAGGAGAUUUAUAUUGCCUCACAUAUAGCUUUGGCUGACGGUGACAUGGACAAGUUGCACCAGUGCGUGACAGAACGAGCAUUUCCACUGGUCACCCAUGAGGCUCGCCACAAGACCAUCCGCUGGCAAUUCCUUGGGUCACUUGAGCCACCUCGGGUUGUGCACAUCCGCUGCACUGAUGUCAUCUCCAAAGAGAAUGUAUUUGCUCAAGUUACCGUCCGCUUCCACACCAAACAGACCUUGGCAGUAUAUGACCGGUUUGGACGGCUACUUCACGGCUCAGAGGUGGUGGCAAGAGAUGUGCUGGAGUAUGUGGUGUUUGAAAAGCAUGUAGCUAAUACAUAUGGACUCUGGCGUGUCCAUGAUAAGAUAAUUCCUGACUGGAUGCCACCAAAACAACCAGUCCGGAGAACCUAUAGGGUAAGAGAGAUGGAGGAGGAGGAGGAGGAGGACCCUACCCCAAGCAAAGAGGAAACAUCUGAAGUCACAGAGUCACAAACAGGGAAACCUGCUGUUGCAGUUGCCUAAAAUAACACUCCUAUAAUCAUCUAAAGAGAACCUUAAUGCACUGUAGCUGUAUGGUAAAUUAAGGUUUGUGUUGUAUUUACUUGUAAGAAUCAACCAAAGGGGUUAUUGAUCAAUAUUGGAUACCCCAUAGCCUCAAGGAGGAUCUCUUGUGAGGCUAACAACAUAAGAGCCUCUACCUCUCUCCAUUCAGACAUUCCCUUUUUGCGUGUUCAAGCACUUGGCCUUCCUCUCUUGUCAGCACCUUAAACUCAUAGAAACUAUUCUUCAUCCUCUCAUUAUAAGCAUACUGUUAUGUUCCUUUAAUGGACAAUCUGAUUUUUUUUCUUUUUCUUUUUGGUGGUGGUGGGGGGGGGGUAGGCAAUAUCUUUAAAGCUUUAGAAAUCACCCUGGUGUAACAGCUUGAUUACAUGUUCAUGGUAAUAUAAUUAUUCAGAUGAACUUGAACAAGCAAAAGGUUGUAUGGAAAUGAGUGAUGUGAUGCAUGUGGCUUGGAUUUUAGAUGAAAAAUGUUGUAGUAAUUGUAAAUAAAAUUAUUCAUUGGAUUGAUAUAUACAUCCUCUUAUCUC